AUGAGCGGGUCAGUGGACAAAGCACUAACCGUCGGGACGUCGUACUUCCGGAAUGGCCAGUACAGGGAGGCGAAACUGCUGUUUUCGAAGGCCAUUUGCGUGGUGAACGGUUACUCGGCGGACGAGGUGUCACGGUUUCGUGCAGACAGUGGGCUGGUGACGCUGCCUGAGACGCGACAUUUACACCCGAAGUACACGAAGCUACUGGACAAUCUGUGUGCCUGCUAUGAGAAGCUGGAUCAGUGUCCAAAGGCGCUGCGUAUUGCAGAUAAGAUGAUCCAGCGAGAUCAGUUCAACAUGAAGUGCUACAUCCGCAGGGGUAAACUGCUGCAAAAACUUGGCGACGACUUGGCUGCUUACCAUAACUACAAGCGUGCUUUGAAUAAAUCGACAGAGUGCUCCAGGAAGUACGAUAUUGAUAGUCCACAAAGGUAUAUCGUCAUGAUCAAUGACCAGUUGACUGCGAUCAAACAAAGGUUGAAACCACCAGCACAAGCGAAAUCAACCAAGAGGCAGUUUAUAGACCCAAUACAGGAACAUCAGACGGAAUUGGAACAGCUAAAGAAAGUCAAAUUAUCCUCCAUAAAGGAGGUAAAGCAGUCACAGAUCAUGCUUGCCGCAGAGACUGUCGAUUUCAUAGCCGCAUUACCCAUCGAAGUGCUCGCCCUGGUGCUUCAGGGAUUCACAACAGCAGAGCUUAUCAAACUGCUGCCCGUAUCGAAGACCUACUACAAGCGGAUACUGUCUCUCUACUUUCUUUUCGACGAGUUCAAUCUGGAUUCGUUGACUACAAAAAGCAUAAGGCAAUUUCUCUCUAUUUUCCAUAGAAUCUUCAAACGGAGGCUACUGCUGCCACAACCACCUGUUUUAUCAACAGUCAAGUUUUCAUCCAAGACAGCGUCUGAGGAAGAAAAGUUAUUGGAACAGUUGGCCCAAAGUCUCCAAUUUUUUGCUUGCCAUAAAUUGAUUUUGACAGUACCCAACAGCAACACGUACAGCCUGUGUAAACUUCUGCCGGAUGGAGACAAUUUUUGUCCAAGUGUCAAGGAACUAUCUCUAAUGACAAGUAUACGAUCGGAUAAACCUUACGAAAUCAAACUUCUGAACCGCUUCCCGUACCUGCGUAAGUUGGAAACAGUCUUUGAUACAUCUUUGGUGCCAAUUAGAUCAUCGUUCAACGGAAGUAACAACAAUGGAAUUCCAGACCUCAUCUCAAACUGGUCACCUCAGAUCGAACAGAUCAAGAUUAUAUGCAACAAACGGAAAGUCCAGUGCUUCCCCCUAGGUGCAAUAAUACAAAAGUUGACUUUACGCCCACAAUUGGCCAAACUGUGCGUCACCGGUGUCACAUUCAAUAAUGAAAUGGCAGGGUUUCAAUGGUUACUUAAAUUUCCAAAUCUACAAGAAUUAUGGUUUGAAGAUAACAGUAACGGUAAACUGGUCAAUUUCUUGAAGCUGGUGCGAAACGAAAGAGUAUUCAACGGUCAACUGAAGAAGCUAACCUUUAGAGAGGACAUGGCUAACGGUGCCAUUGAAUUGGAUGAAAACAUGGAAUCAUUUUGUUACCGUGAGAACUUCGGCAAAUUAACACAUUUGGACCUAAUGAGUAGUUGCAUAAAUGGUACUGGAUUAUUUCGUUUGCUCUCAGUGGUAUCGCCUGAGGUAUUCCGAAGUUUAAAUAUUGGUGAUUGCCCUUAUAUUCAGUUGCACCGACUUCCUGACCCAAUGAACACGAACAUUUUCCCCAUUUUGCAAUUUUGCCAUCGGUUUACAGGGCUGCAAGAACUGACAUUGGCACUAUCAGGAUCACUGAACGACAACUCGAUGACAUUCUUAAUUGAACAAGUGUCGAACCUCACCCACUUGGAGAAGCUGGAUCUGUCGAUGAACCCAUGGAUUAGCGGUGUCUCAAUCUACGAAUUCACAAUGAAGCUUUUUGAAGCACGGAAUAAGAUACCACUGGAUUACAUGUGCAUCGAUGGUUGCAUCGCCGUAUCGCACAUAACAGUGAAUACGAUCAAGUCCAGAGGAUUUGUUUCACAGCUUGGCUGUGUUUACGAAAGGGAAGUUUGGAAGCGCUUUGGUUUAAACUCGUACAAAUAUGGAUAA